CUUGCCAUCCAGAUCAACCGACGGUCUAUUCCAAGAUGAUCGCUUCCUAGAGCAGACGAUCCGUCAGGAUCUUAUUUUCAAAUAAUCUGCAAUGCACGUUGCGCAGUGAUUCUCCGUAUGAGCGCCGGGGCGCACCAGUCGAAAUGGCGGCUCCAGGGGUCUGCACGAAAGCGAAAGCAAUCAAGAGCUCUUCAUCAUAUGGCUCUUCUGACCCUUUCAUCGUGGCAACGGGCCAGGAUAGCAUCAAGCCGGAUGCAAGCUCGCGGAGAUUCAUUCGACGCCAUGUCAUGAAAGGCAAGAAUCGCAAGCCCAUUGCUUCAUCGCAGUUGGCGCUUGGUUCCUGGAUAAACAAUGCGCACGACCUGAACGCUUUCCAGAUGGCUACAACAAGCAUGGAUUCACUCCAUGGUCCCUUCGCAACUCCUGUGGGCCUUCAGCUGAACAGCAGUACUCCUUCUCUAUUGGGUUUUGCGGAGAUGGAGCCACGCAUGCUGCACCUAAUUUACGACUUUGUCACCAUUAUGAAAAAGAUUAUGUACCCUGUAGAAUGCUGUGUUGAUCUCAGAAAUGAGGAACAAAACUGGUUCCGGGACCUCAGCCAUGAUCCCGCUUAUGCCCACACCAUCUUGUCUACUGCUCGGGCGUAUUUUGACUUUGUCGGAAGCCAAACAUUCGGUCCCAGAGCCAUCAUGCAUAUGAAUAAGACCAUGUUUCGAUUACGAAACAAACUAGCAGAGACUGACCUAGUCAUUACGGACUCGACUAUCUUUACCGUCCUUGCGCUGGUAUUGGUCUCGGAAGCCUUUGACGAUCAUGAGGCAGCUCAGAAGCACCUGCAUGGUCUGCACGAAUUGGUAAAACUUCGUGGUGGGAUAAGAGGCCUUUCGCAGAAGCCUCUCCUCCAAAUAAAAUGCUGCAGAAUUGAUCUCAGUCUGGCUCUUAAAACUGGAUCCAAGCCUCUGUUCUUCACUGACGAUAGUAUUUCGUGGAAACCAUAUCUUCUUGACUCUCAAAAGGCGUCUACAAUAACCCCAGUACACACUGUGUGUGAUAUGCCUGACAUCCGCUUGGUCAAUGUAUGGCUCGACCUCCGCGAACUCACGACGGGAAUCAACCUUGCGCACCAAACCCAAUGUAAAGUCUCAUCCGGGUUGUUUCAGGAGGCACUGAUCUCCGUGCAGUACCGCUUACAACACCUAUCCUACAAUGUUCAUGACAAACAAGAGGUCCUGCGGGUCGCCAUGCUCACCCUUUCGAUCGUGCUAUUGAUCGAUAUUCGGGGCAUUUCAAUAAGGUACCAGCACCUGGUAGGGAAACUACGAGCAGCACUACAAUCGUCAGAACAUGACGUCAAUGACGAACUGCUGAGGUUGACUCUCUGGUUACUUUUCGUCGGCAGAGUAUCACUACUGGACGGCCCAGAAGAUGCCUUAUGGCUGGGAGCAAAACUGCUUACGAUAAGCCAGACUCUUGGAAUCACAACUUGGGGCGAAGCCAGACAUAUUCUAAAGAGUUUUAUGUGGGUAGAUGGGAUCCACGACAAAGCCGGGAAAGACUUUUUCGAAGAACUGAAGGAGUCUUAAAAGACUUCAAUGUUGUCUCGCCGCCGCAAUUCUCAGGGACUUUCCCAGUUCGAACGGGCGGAAGAAGACCACAAAGCUAUUACUCAUCUCGUCUCCGCGUUAAACUGCGAUGCGAAACGGAGUGGAUUUGAACAACUGCUCUUAUAUCGGUUUCUUUGACGAAACCGCUCAUUAGAUUAAGGAUGUCACUAGUUAACUAGUAUACUA